CUCGGCAGGCCCGGAGGGUGCCCGGGGCCGCAGUGAAAAAUGACAACUGAUAUUAAGUAGGUACUUGGUAUCACAGAAUUGAUAGGAUUCGAAUGGACUUCAGGGGAUCAUYCAGUCCUACCCCCUGCCAAGGCAGGGUCACCUACAGCAUGUGACAGGAAUUUGUCGAGGGUUUUCCCAAUAGCAAACGAGAAAAGAUGAUCGAUAUUAAGGCUUGGGCCGAGUACAUCGUGGAGUGGGCUGCCAAGGACCCCUACGGCUUUCUCACAACUGUGAUCUUGGCCCUCACGCCGCUGUUCGUAAUUAGCGCAGCGCUUUCAUGGAAGCUUGCAAAAAUGAUUGAGGCCAGGGAACGAGAACUAAAGAAGAAACAGAAACGCCAGGAGAACAUUGCAAAAGCCAAACGAACAAAGAAGGAUUAAAUGGGAAAAAAAUGGCCUUCCUUGUGCAAAGAAUCCACUUUUUAAAUGAAACACUUGUACAUUUUGUGUUUUAACUGUCCUUUGAUACUUGAUCCUGUUAUUUCUUGAAGUAUGAAAUUUAAUACUUCCAGUGUAGUUUUUUUCCUGCUGAUUUGUGUUAAAAUUUGCCCAAGUGACACUUGUUAGAGUCAUUAAAUCUACUACUUGUAUUCUAGUGAAGGUUGCUUUUCUAAAUUUGCAUGUUAAAUUAAAAAAAAGUAUCUGCUGGGUGGCUCUGGAGGUAGAUAUUUUUUGUUUAACUGAACUAUGACUUAACAAGUGUCUUAAAAUUGUCGAAUUUAGGGGAAAACGYGAAUAAUAAACUGGAUUACAGAAAUGCAAGUUUUGGCAUAACUUGAGCAGAGCUGUAGAGAUAAACUAGCUGUAGCAUUAGGUAGCAGACACGACUGAUUUCCUUUAAGGUCACUGCAUAUGGCUGCAUGUGCCCAUAGUGGCUGCUGCAGUAUCUUUGAUGGUGGUGCUUGUCUGCAGAAAUAACCUACCUUAGCUUUUCCUGUUCCUGAACUACCAGCCUUCAACAGCCUUUAACUUCAGCCCAAGUUCUAGAAAACUGCUCGUUCUUACUAGCUUCAUUUGUCUUAAGGCACUUAUAUUCUAUAAAAUACAGUACUAUGUUGUUUGGUCUUUCCCAACAAUCACCUGAAUGCUCCACCUGUAGCUGAUUUGUUGCUGCCUUCGUAAACUCUUUAUGCCUCAAAGAAUAGCCAUAAAUGGGGUGAGACCAAAGACCCAGGUGUCCCAGUGUUCUGUGUCCUGGAGACCGGGAAGAGAAAUGGGUGGCAGUUCUGCUUGCUAACCUGGCUACCUUUGAUUUAAGACCUGAGUUUAGGUAGGAUUUUUGUUCUCAUGGCCCUUGAAACUCUGCUGCCUUACAGGGUGCAAGAUGCUGACGUACUCAAAAAAGUCAGGUUUAUGUUGUAAAUACAUCAAAAUCMUUUAACCUUGUUUCCAAUUCAUCUCUUU